AUACACCUGCCGAACUUCGUGCUCAUUUCAAAAAACUCAAUUGGUCUCGCGUUGUCGCAUUCCAAACGCGAAACCCAAUGCAUCGUGCACAUCGAGAAAUUACUGUAAGGGCUGCAAGAAUUCGGCAAGCGAAUGUUCUUAUUCAUCCUGUAGUUGGUCUUACUAAGCCUGGUGAUAUUGAUCAUUACACGAGGGUGCGUGUUUAUCAAGCUAUCAUGCCAAAAUACCCCAAUGGAAUGGCAGCAUUAGGUUUAUUACCAUUAGCUAUGAGAAUGGGUGGUCCUAGAGAAGCCCUUUGGCAUGCUAUCAUUAGAAAAAAUUUUGGAGCCACACAUUUUAUUAUUGGUAGAGAUCAUGCUGGUCCCGGAAAGAAUUCAAAAGGAAAAGAUUUUUAUGGACCUUAUGAAGCACAGGAACUUGUAGCAAAAUAUAAGGAUGAACUAAAAAUCGAG